GCUUGACACUCCCUAAUUGCGCUCAAGGGCAGUGUUGCCAGGUGUGAGUGUUUACGUAGAAAUUGAGUACCUUUUAGCUUCUUUGGCAGGUUGAUAUCUUUUGUUGUCUGGUUGGAGUUGGCUAUUUUGCUUACAUUAGAUCAUGUAUGGUUACAUAAAGGGAUUUUCAGUGAUUCUGAUUAAGAAACACAAAAUAUUUAAUUGCUGCUUUUCUUUUACUGUUGAAAAUUAGGCCGUUUUAAGCUUCCUUAAAUGGCCAUUUGGGGUGAAUUUCUCAUGCAGAUAUGGCAACCUGGAUAAAGGAGUCAAUCUGACUCAUACCUAGCACUGAGUGGAGAGAACUGCUUUGCUUUCUGUACCUUCAUCUGUGGAAGUGAAUCAAUGGUUUUCUUUAUUCUUCUUUUAAUGAUCUGUGAAAUUUGUUUAGAAUUGAAGAGUUCCAGACAUGGAGGCCAAAGAGGAGAUCAGUGACACAGACAGUGGGAUUAUUCUGAAUUCCGGACUGGACAGUCCUAUUAUUGUAAACAAGGAUGUGAGUACGCACACUCGGGCUGUAAAGUUAAAAAGGCAGUCAUUACAGGACAGACUUGAGCUGUGCAUUCUAGAGCUGAAGAAACUCUGUAUUAGAGAGGCUGAGCUCACUGGACAUUUGUGCUCAAACUACCCUCUGUUGCCUGGAGAGAAACCUCCACAGAUACGCAAACGCAUUGGUGCUGCUUUUAAGUUGGAUGAGCAAAGCAUCCUGCACAGCAAUGAGGACUCAGAACUAUGCUCAGUGGAGGCUAAACUGGCCCUGCAGCAACAGAUCUACAUAGCAGCACACAGGCUGUGCCAUGAAGAGCACCUGAGCAAAGCAGUAAAGAAAAGCAGAGUACAACAGUGCAAGCAUGAGGAGCAGAAACUUAAGGAGCUCCAAGAUUCCAUAUUCCAACUACGUCUCAAACACAGACACUUCUCACCACUACCUAGUAUAACCACACAAAAACAUAAGGACUCUUUCUGUCAAUAUCAUGGCUUUUCAGAUAACAGUUCACUGUCAGAUUCUGCAGUGUUAGAUGAAGAAGAGCUGAUGAGCCAGUCAUCCAUGACUUCGUCUAAACCCCCCUCUAUUACAGAGUUUUAUUCAGUGGCCCAAGGCCCUUCCCGUCUUUAUUUAAAUUCAUUUGGUCCCCUGUUUCAUCCCUCUGACCCAAGUCCCAGCCAACAACAACCACCUCUCCAGAAUUUGGACCAUUGUCACAGCCCCUUGCUGGAGUAUGACCCUGCUCCCAUCCAGAAUUCCCCUUGGAAGGAGUCAAGUCUUGAUCAGCCUUACCAGAAACAGAAGUCGUCUCACUCCAGUAGUACUAGCUCCAGAGUUCCCAUUAGUGAUCCAACAAAUGCAGAGAGAGAAAGAGGCCGGUCACCUGGUCCCCGAAGACUGACCAAUAUUAUUUUGACGGAAUCAGAAUACUCUCCUUUAACAUUGCCGAUGGGAAGCCAACUACACCACUCCAGCGCAGAGGAGAGUAACUUUGAGCACUCGUUGACUCCAAUCUAUACUGGCUCACCAUGCCAGGAGCUGUUAGAUGAGCCAGAGCAACUAUGCCAUACCCAGCACAGAUACCACUACCCUAAUCACAUCUCACUGUCUUAUGUAACUCAUACCUACUCAAAAAACCCCUUAGCUCAGAUUUCCCCCAGGCUCUACAGAGCACAUAUAGAUGAGGGAAGAGGCUAUGAUAUGGAAUGGAGUAGAAUGGAUCUCAGACGACAGCCUUCUCCUUGCCCCAGUGUUCACUAUGAGCAGUGGUACAAUGAGGUGCCACUAUAUCAGCAACAGGACAGACUGAUCCCCUGCCACCUGAAGCUAUCUCGUGCCCCAUCCUUCAAAGAGUACCCCCGGCACCCAGGCAAAGCUCUUCCACGACAGGUGGUCACAGACGAGCUGAAGUCAUGGCAUCAGCGCUGCCAGCUGCGGCCACGGUCUUUAGACAGACAGUGUGCUGUGCGCAUUCGGAACCUGCCCUUACAUGACUCACCACUCUCGCAUCAGCAGGCCAAUCAUGAUCAGGUCUCCCAAAGCACUACAGAGAGAAAAGCAGUGAAAUGGUAUGAAGAAAAAGAGAUUGUCAGCCAAGUUUAGCAAAAGGCUAUAUAGUCAUAGUCAUAUUUGUUUUAAUUUAUUGACUAAAAAUGUCAGUGGUUGUAUAUGUAGUUUGGUUGAGUUUCUAUAUUUUCAAAUCUGUAAAAACAAAUAUUUUUUACUUCUUUUUGAACUUCUGUGAAAAAUGUUGGUAAUAAAAUGUUGUUUCCAAUUUGCCAUUUUAACAAUUUAGCAAACUGAUUUGAUACUAAGAGUAGGUUUUAUGAGUUAUAUUUUUCUUUGUCAGUCUAUGUUGCUACUGAUGCAAAUAAAAUGGAAAGGACCGUCCUUGAAGGCUUAAAAUCUCAUAAUAACCCUUGUUUUAUAUCAUUUUUUUUAAUACAAUCAAUAAUACAUUUGAUUAUUGCAAAUGUACAAAAUACGAAACAUUUUUCUGGAAUUUUAGGUGCAAAAAUUAAUUGGAAAAAUUAUUGCAUUAAAACAUGAGAGUAAAAUAAUAAAUACUUUUCUCCAAAGUAUAUUUGCAAUAUUAAACAUCCUUUAAACAUGUAAUAACAAUGUUCAUUCCUGAAAGAAAAUUUUAUUUGCUCUUAGUAAUCAUGUUUUUAACUAUGAGCUGUUUCCCUAAUGAAUACAAAUGAGUUUGUACACUUUUUUUGAAAAAGGCACAGCCUGUUAGCCUGUUGAUGGAUUAUAAAAAAAUAAUACAAGCAGUUAAAAUACCUUAAGUAUAAGUAGGAGCACCACAAAAAGGUUCCUCCUGUCUGAAAUGGGAAUUUGACAGGAAUUAGACACAUGAGAACAUUGUCCCCCUAAACAGAAAAGGUACUUGUGGAAAAAGAUGAUUUUGAACUAUACAAUUUAGUUGAGAAGCAUUGUAGUAACUAUACUCCAAAAGGAACCGGUCCUCAUCUGGGUGCCACCAGAUAGUUAUUAUAAAAUAAUUUACCUUUUAAAUCUGUCUACUCCCUGGACAAAAAAGUGCAAUUGAGUAACACGUAAAUUCAUUCUAGUUCAAGUCUAUGUUAUUGAACUCAAAUGAAGACUUGAUUGCAAAAUUGUUUGUGGCAAUUGCAGUCCAAAGAUACAACAGACACCUACAAAUUACAUCUAGUAACCAUCUAGGCCACCAUUGUCUCAGGCUUGUUCAUUAAAGAUAAAUUAAAAUUUUCUUUAAA